UUGUCAGGAGAGAGGGAGGGAGCUGUCGGCGCUGUUAAGAUUACCACUUGUUUCAAGCGGAACAUUUUGAGGUCUGUUCGCUCUUCCACUAUAGAUAGUAACAAAGUAAAGUGUUCUUGACGGACGUCUUGACGCCAGUGAAGUAGCUGAGUGCGCUUUCGUGAAGAUGUCUCGUAUACUUGUACCGACGUAGAGGGGGAGUGUGCGGCGGCAGCCACUUGGCUUGAAUUGUUAGCUAGCUCAGCUCAGGGCUGCGGGGCCUCCUUAGCUCAAAGUAGCUCCUGCAGCUGGGCAACACUCUGCGACAACGGCCGGCCGACGAGUGGACAGCCGGGGAAGCAGCAGGCCGGUCCGGGCUGACUUUAAAUUCAGUCGUCGUACGAGCAGCUUUCGGCGGUGUCAGGACCCCCUUGUACUGCUGGACAAGGAGACGCGGAGUGUGGAGUUCAGCUUCAUGAAACGCAACAGGAGACCGAGAGAGGAAGAGGAUGGCGCAGAUUCAUCUUGAUUACAGCUAAAUAGGAAGAGGAAAACCAGACCCGAGUGUUGGAAAUAAGACGGAAAGCUUCCACCAGCUCACCUCUUUUUGAAGGGAGGAGCAAAUAAAAACACAGCCAUACGGGACCCGGAAUCUGACGGAACAACAUGUCGAAGAUGCCGGCCAAGAAGAAGAGCUGCUUUCAGAUCACAAGCGUGACUCAGGCCCAGGUGGCGGCCGUGGGGGCCGCCGACGACACCGAGAGUCUAGACGACCCGGACGAGUCGCGAACUGAGGACAUGUCGUCGGAAAUAUACGACGUGUCGCGAGCUGAGUACGAGCCCGCGUGCGAGAGGAGUUCCUCCGACGAAGCUCUGAAUAACGUCGGAGAGGCGGAGGCGCCAGCAAACGCACCUCAGGCCACUCUGCCGCCUGGGCCGGGAGGUAACACAACCGAACCGAGGAAGGUUGUCGGCUCCGGUUCGGUUCAUGGCGGUCAGAACCAGCUGGGUAUUUCCCUGACACCUGGAGCGGUCCAGCUUCAGCCAACUGCUACAGCCAGCCCCAGCGUGUCAGCCAAUACCUCCCAGCCUGCUGGAGGGUCCAGCUCUGCAACCUCCACGGUGAGCUGCUCAUCACGCUUCAGGGUCAUCAAACUGGAUCAUGGUACCGGAGAACCAUUCCGGAGAGGCAGGUGGACUUGUACAGAGUUCUACGAGAAGGACUCAGGGACUGACAGCAUAAGGCACGGCAGCGUAACCCUGGACCCUGCUGCAGAGAGGGAUAGUGGGCUUGGACCUUCAGUAGGUUCCACAGUGUCCCCGGCUACUCACUCUGGGCCUGGCUUGGGGUCCAUGGCGGAAGGAUCUCCCGCUUUGCUACCGCCACAAGUUCUGCAUCAGAACUACAGCAACCAGCAGCAUGCAGGCAGUACUUCGGCCACACACACUUCCUUCUCCAGCGUGAAACCCGUAACCCUUCCUUCUCAGUCAUCCAUAGGGGGUCUUCAGCCUCACGCGGCUCAGAGCAUGCUUCCCGUCGGACAGAACGGUCUGCCCCACUCUGAAGUUCUCAUACAGAAGUCCCCAAUGAUGCCUCCUCCUUAUGCGCCCCAACAGCCAGUUCCCGGAGUCCACCCGAUCGCCAGCCAGACGUCAGGACUGGCACAGCACCAGACGGAGUAUUACCCUCAGCCUCAGCAUGCGUCCAUACCUCCAGGACUUCCCGGGGGAACACAGGCUCUUCCGGUGUCGAGCCUCUCUGCUGUGACCGGUGGACACAUCCCGGCUCCGGCUUCUGCAGUGAGUCAGGCUGGAGAUGUCGGUCCAGCGGUGGUGGGGGUUGUCUCUUCAGGACCACCAGCGCCUCAGACUGUAGGGUUUGGGGUCCCCGGGGGGCCCGUUUUGCUUCCGCUUCAGACUGUGACUCAGUACGCCCCAGCCGUACAACCUCAGCCCAUGGGCCACCCCGUGGUUACCGGUGUGCAAAACGUGCCUGCAGUCGGAGGUGGUUGCAGUGCACCUGCGAGCGCUGCCGCCACCGCCGCCACUGUGCUCAGUGCCUCCAGUGCGACCAUGCCAAAUGCGACGACUUCCAGCUUGCCUCCUGGUUUGAUAGCCCACACCAAGACUCCGGGGUUAUUGGGGGUGCAGGGCCUCCCUGCCACCGGGUUCGGACAGGUAGAGGCAAGCGGAAGGAAGUCAGAGGGAGCGGCCAUUGCACAGUCUCCGGUUGUGUCUGGGAGGGACGGCGGGAAACCCUUCAUGCCUGAGGCCCUGCAGCUCUCCACUCCUACUGUCACAAGCCUGUUUGGAAUCCUACCUGUCGAUGGGGAGGAGGACAGGAACCCCUCCACGGCUUUCUACCAGGCCUUCCAGUCUGGAAGCAGAUUAAGAGACUCAAAGGCUCACAGCGAUAGUGCCUCUGGAACCAACAUUGUUGCCAUUGACAAUAAGAUUGAGCAGGCAAUGGACCUGGUGAAAAGCCAUCUGAUGUAUGCAGUGCGUGAGGAGGUGGAGGUUUUAAAGGAGCAGAUCAAGGAGCUGUUUGAGAGGAACUCUGUGCUGGAGCGGGAGAACGCCGUGCUCAAAUCUCUAGCUAACAGCGAGCAGCUAUCUCAGCUAACGGCUCAGACUGGCGCCGGCCCGGCCGCCGCUGCCACCGCCGCGGCCCCUGGGUCCACCUCCCCCCCCGGCCUCCAGCAGCUCCAUCCGAAACCCCAGCAGCUCCAGCCUCAGCAGCCCCAGACUCAGCAGCCCCAGACUCAGCUCGAUGCUGGCCAACAACCGCAGCCCAACGUCACCUCCGCUUGAAGUGCGUCUGCCCUGCUUCACACAGGGCAGAAACAAAGCAUCUCCUUGUACAACUUAAUAUAAUUAGUAUAUGUGAAAUUUAAAAGAAAGAAACUGUCUUUAGCCACCAGCUUGACCACAAAGUACAGUGCUUCUGUGUGUGUAUGUGUGAGCGCGCGGCUCGCGUGUGUGUAGGUGUGUUAGCACGCUAGAAAGCGAGACUGUGAACUGGUUUUGAAAUGUAUGUGUGUGUCUGUACUGUGGGCCUUUCCAGUGUUAAUGCAAUCAUCAAAGGGUGUGUGUGUCUGUGAGAGAGAGAGAGAGAGAGAGAGGCUAACCGGAAGUGUGAGAGGGAUGCGUGGCAAGCAGGCUGGAGCGACUUCAGAACCAAACCCAAACUGCACCGCCUGACCUGAAACACGCUCAAAGGGGUUCACCGGCGAAAAAAAAAAAGAGACAGACAGGAAGUAGAAAAAAAGUGCUUAUUUUUUUAAA